AUGCAGUGCAUGUACAAUUUGACUAGUAUAGUAACCCUAGAAAUAUCUUUUUCAACGCUAGCUUUAGCCAUUUCACGCCACUAUUUACUCACCUCUUCUUUUCUCUUCACCAGCUAUCACAAACCCUAACUUUUUCUUCUUUCCUCUCAAAAACCCUACCAUAUAUCUCUUCUUCGUCUUCUUCUUUCAAAAUGAGCUUAGAGGAAAACAUCUCCAUGGACUUGCAAGUUCAACCCUCUGAGCAUCUCUGCUACGUUCGCUGCAAUUUCUGCAACACUGUUCUUGCGGUUGGGAUUCCAUGCAAACGAUUGCUUGACACAGUGACAGUGAAAUGUGGCCAUUGCAGUAACCUCUCCUUUCUCAGCACGAGACCUCCACAGCAAGCUCCCUGUCACCAAAUGAGUCUCACUUUUCAGGAGAAGCAGAGCUUUUGCCAAGAUUUAAAACUGGGAAAUUCAUCUUCAUCCUCUUCAUCAACUUCCAGUGAGCCACUGUCCCCAAAAGCACCAUUUGUUGUAAAACCACCUGAGAAGAAACACAGGCUUCCAUCAGCCUACAACAGGUUCAUGAAGGAGGAGAUACAGCGUAUUAAAGCGGCCAAUCCUGAGAUACCACAUCGAGAAGCUUUUAGCACUGCAGCCAAAAAUUGGGCUAGGUACAUUCCUAAUUCGCUAACCGGGUCUACGUCUGGAAGCAAUAACAAUGGUUUGGGUGUUGCAGGAAUGAAGUAACAUAUGUUUAACCAACAAUGCUGAGACACUACUGAAAUUGAAAGGGAAACUAAACUUGAAAAACCAGUUUGUUGAUAUGAUUAUUCGCGUCUCAAACUUAAUUUUCUUAUUAUCAAGCACUUUAUUUCUUGUUAUUUCGAUAACUACUGCAUGAGAACUAGUUUGGAAGUGAAGUGUUUAAUGUUUGACAUUAUUAAAUUCAUGAGUAUGCUAGUUCCUAAGUUCAUUAA